GUCACACAAAGCGUAUAGCCCCCACCUUAAAAACAGCUGAGCCUCAGCUGCACAGUCUCCCGGUAUGUUAUAUCAGAACCGAAAACGUGGAUUGAGUUCCUUGCGAUUUUCGCCAAUUUGCUGAAUUAAAAUAAAUCUGAAUAUCCCUCAACACAUUCUGCUAUGCAGCAAACAAGGCGCUGCAUCAGCCUGCUGGGCGUCGCCCGACAACCCCAUUGUCUUCGUCCGUGUUUUUGGGCAGAACCUGGCAUCCGGCAAUUGCACCGGGCGGCGAUUGCAUAUGCUCGGAAGAAGCAGGAGACCAACGUCUCCACACUUUUCAAGCCGGUCCAGGUACAGGCCAAUGUUGAUGCCGAGGACGUGGGCUCGGAGCUAGUUGGUAAACUGGAGAAGGCGGAGCUGCUAAAGAUCCUGAACAAGUUCACUCAACGCCGAGAAGUUAAAGCACUAUGCAGCGAAAACGGAUUGGAUUCCUAUUUGCAGCAACAGGCCUUUGGUUCCUUCCGGCGUUAUUGUAUCGAGGCGGAGAAUCUUCCGGUGGACCUGCACAUAAUAUUCAGUGACAUUAUGCAAGGAGCAGGACACAUCGACGAUAUUUUUCCUUACUUCCUCCGUCAUGCCAAAACCGUGUUCCCGCAUCUUGAUUGCAUGGAUGAUCUGAAGAAGAUAUCCGAUCUGCGACAGCCGGCCAACUGGUACACGAAUGCCCGCGCCAUUACCCGAAAAAUAGUGUUUCACGCUGGGCCCACAAACUCCGGCAAGACGUAUCACGCUAUGGAGAGAUACCUGACUGCUAAGUCCGGUGUGUACUGUGGGCCUCUCAAGUUGCUCGCCACGGAAGUGUUCAACAAGGCCAACGAACGAGGUACUCCCUGCGACCUGGUCACUGGCGAGGAGCGAAAGUUUGGCAUCAGCGAGAGCUCCCCCGCAAACCAUGUAGCGUGCACGGUGGAAAUGACAUCGGUUAACACUCCAUAUGAAGUUGCUGUGAUCGAUGAGAUUCAGCAAAUCCGCGACCCUCAACGUGGCUGGGCAUGGACGCGGGCGUUUCUGGGGCUGAUUGCCGAAGAAGUGCACGUCUGUGGGGAGGCCGGAUCAUUGGGACUUCUGGAGAAAAUUUGCGAAACCACCGGGGAAACUGUUGAAGUGCGACGUUAUGAUCGACUCACCGAGUUAACCGUGGAAAACACAGCUCUGGGGUCCCUGGACAACGUCGUACCUGGCGACUGCAUAGUCUGUUUUAGCAAGCAUGACAUAUACACAGUUUCGCGCGAAAUCGAGGCCAGAGGAAAGGAGGUAGCCGUUAUCUAUGGAGGCCUGCCGCCAGGAACCAAACUCGCACAAGCCGCUAAAUUUAAUGAUCCCGCCAAUAGUUGUAAAGUAAUGGUAGCCACAGAUGCGAUUGGAAUGGGCUUGAACUUGAGUAUACGCCGAAUAAUAUUUUACUCCUUGGUGAAGCCGACAAUGAACGAAAAGGGUGAGCGUGAGAUCGACACCAUUUCAGUAUCAUCCGCCCUUCAGAUAGCAGGGCGCGCUGGUCGCUUCCGGACGCAGUGGGAGCAUGGUUAUGUGACCGCCUUUAAGCCAGAGGAUCUGCAGAUCCUGCAUCGCAUAUUGUCGCAAACACCUGAUCCGCUAAAGCAGGCUGGCUUGCAUCCCACUGCCGAUCAAAUAGAACUCUAUGCCUACCAUCUGCCAAACUCGUCCCUCAGCAACCUAAUGGACAUUUUUGUGAAUCUGUGCACAGUGGACGACUCGCUGUAUUUCAUGUGCAACAUUGAGGACUUUAAGUUCCUUGCUGAGAUGAUACAGCACGUUCCCCUUCCUCUGCGCGCCCGCUACGUCUUUUGCUGUGCUCCCAUCAACCGAAAGAUGCCCUUUGUGUGUUCAAUGUUCCUCAAAAUAGCACGGCAGUACAGCCGCAACGAACCCAUCACCUUUGAUUUCAUUAAAAAGAACUGCGGCUGGCCGUUUAAGCUGCCGAAAACCAUCCUUGACCUCGUCCACUUGGAAGCAGUAUUUGACGUGAUGGAUCUAUAUCUUUGGCUGAGCUACCGAUUCAUGGAUCUUUUCCCGGAGGCGAAUAACGUGCGAGAGGCCCAAAAGGAGUUGGACGAGAUCAUUCAGCAAGGAGUCUUCCAAAUAACCCGACUACUCAAGAACACUGAGGCGAGCCAGGACGGAGAUGUGUCGAGCUACACUGUGCGGCGAAUAACCCAUACCAAAGAACCUCGUAUUCCCAGUGCGUCGCGGGGUCGCCUUACGGAGAGAUUGCUUGCCCAGGGCCUUCUUACGCCGGGAAUGCUGAGUGAGUUGCGUAAGGAGUGGGACGCCCAGCAGGGAAGCCAAUCCAGUGGGAGUGCCAAGGAGUCUCUGGACACAAACACAGAUAGUGACGACGAGGAUAAUUUAUCCGGAAACAGUAAGAAGCUGAGGCGAAAGCGCCGAAAAUAAGCGUUAAGUUUAAGUGAUAGACAAUAGGCUAAGGUAUAAGCUUUAUAAAUAGGUCAGUUGUUUUAUAUAAUAUAUUUUUAUUUUAAGUGGCAAUUAUGUAAUAUUAAAAUUAUUUUUUGAUAAUCAACGAUGACAAUUUAAUUGUUUAAAUUGAAGAUUAGAAAGAUGCAAUCUGCUUCAGACAAAAAUAAUCACUUCAUUAGCAUUUAAUAUAUGGAGGGAGAUUCUACUCAGAGCCUGAAAUACUUGACAUUAAAUCCGCGCUUAGUGGCGAGGCUAACGGCUGUCGUACUCUCAAAAUUGGGGAUAUUUUUUUUGUAAUACUGGCAUUUAUGUUUUAACGAUUUAGAUUUGUUGAUAGUCCCUUAGCUGUCUAGCCUCACCUGCCUCCCGAAACGAAUUCAUAGACUUAGCGUAAAAUUCUGUUUGUUGCAACAACGAACACACGAUCACUUGAAGUGUGACUAUAAAAUAUUCGACAUUUAAAACAUAUAGAUUUUUAAAAGAUACAAAUAUUAUCCGUUACAAAAUACAUUCAUAUGGUUGUUCGUAUAACUAAUAUUAAGUUUUUUGCAUUAGAAUUGCAAUAGUUUAAUAGAUGCUAUCUGCUUUUGUUAUUUUUUUUUAGUUUGAAUUAAAACAAAGUAGUACCAAUAAUUAUUAAAGCUUUCAUAUCUCCGUGUAUAAGUUAAACUUAUGUACUUUCAGAAACAGUGACCUGUCGUUUAUAGAACUCUUGAGAAUUCAAUCAUAUGCAAGUUCCCGACCGAGCCCGCCCUUCCGAUCUUUGAAUCGGAAUAGUAGAGCAUUAAGAAAAUUCUCCUAUUACCUGACUGCAAUACUUGUAACGUUCAUGUAUCCAUAUUAGCUUAUAUCUUAUCAACUUCCGCUUCCAACUCCCCUUUCCGGUUGUACAUCGAUCUUUGUGCGUUCGAAUU